AUGGAUCCUGGAUCGUCUUCGUCUGCAUUUUGCGAUGGUUUUGUCCCCACGAAUGAAGAUCAGUGUGACUUUGGGUUUUGCAACGGGCUUGCAGAUAAUAUCUCCUACCAUGAUGCAGGCAUUGGUGCCGAUGAUGAUCCUGACGAAGGUGACGACGGUGUCGAUAUGGAUGAUGAAGUCAUUUACACGCCGGAGUGCACCGAGGACAUGAAGCCGUACAAAGGCCAAAUCUUCCGUACAUUGGAUGAUGCAAAAGAGUUUUAUAAUAAUUAUGCUCGUUUGGUUGGGUUUGACACAAGGAAGAAUGGUUCGAAAAAGGUUGGUGAUAAAAUUAUUUGGCUAUACGUCGCGUGUUCUAAGCAAGGACAAAAGAAAGAGAAUGAAGAGGGCUUUAUCCCAAAACGGAAACGUGGAUUAAAGAAGUGUUGUUGCAGCGCUAGAGUGGUGUUUAAGUUUUCAGGUUGUGUUGGAGAUGUAGUUCAUGAUUUUGUGGAAGGACACAACCAUGAACUGGUUGACCCACUUCAUCAGCGUUUUAUGAAAUUGAAUCGUUCUAUGGAUUUAGUGAAGCAGAAGCUGUUAAUUAAUUGUGCAAAUGCAAAUAUUGGACCCACUGAUAGUUAUAGGCUUUUGAAUGAUUUGCUUGGUGGAUAUGAUUCAGUUGGGUGUACCGUUUCAGAAGUUAGAAAUUUUACUCGUGACGUCAGAGGGUAUCGUAUGAUAUUUGCUCCAUUUACGGGGAAGGAUAAUCAUGGGAAGCCUAUAACAUUUGCUGCUGGUUUGUUAGCUAAUGAAGGUACUGAGUCAUUUUCUUGGUUGUUUAACCAAUUCGUGAAAUGUAUGGGUUCGGCACCGAAGUUGAUAGUGACUGAUCAAGAUUUGGCCAUGAAAUCUGCUAUUCAGAAUGUAUUGGUUAAUACUAGGCAUCGGUGGUGCAUGUGGCACAUUAUGAACAAGCUUGCCGACAAAGUCUCGAAGGUUUUGCGUGCUAAUGAAGAUUUUAAGAAGGAGUUAUCUGAUUGUGUGUGGUCCGAGCUAAUAGAACCCGAGGAAUUUGAAGUUACAUGGAAAGGUAUUAUGGAAAAAUAUGGAUUGGAAGGUGAUGAUUGGUUCGAACCGAUGUUUGCAUCGAGAAAGUUCUGGGUUCCAGCGUACUUUAGAGACUUUCCAAUGAGUUCAUUGAUGAGAACUACUUCCGUGUCAGAAUCACAGAACAUUUUUUUUCAAGAGACAAAGAUGUCUAUAGAGAAGCAUGCUUCAACGAUUUACACUGGUACUGGCUUCAAAGCAGUUCAGGAGGAGAUAUUGGAUGCGUGUUAUAGCAGCAGUAUAACACAGAUUUGUAAAGAUACUUUUACGGAGGUUUACAAGGUGGAAGACUACCGUGAGAACACAUGGACAGUGACUCAUUAUAUUUCUGAGGAUUCAUAUUACUGUGGCUGUAGAAUGUUUGAAAGGGUUGGUAGAAUUUGCAGCCACAUAUUUUUGGUAUUGAAAAAUAAGCACUUGAAGUUGAUUCCGGAGAAGCUAUUUGGAAGGAGGUGGUUGAAGACACCACUAAUGAAGGCUGUACAUGGUGUUUCGUUGCAAGGUGUCGAGAGUAACAUUGAUCUAAUGCAUGCUGCUACUGCUAUUAUUGAUGACGGCAAGAAACAACUACUAGGUGAUGGUGUCGUAAUGUCAGCAGCUCAGAAGAAGAAGAUGAUUGAGAGCUUCUAUGGAUGUGAAGUUCCAAGUGUAAUAGAGGUGCAUCCACCGCAGUUAGUUAGCACAAAGGGCAGCGGCAGUAGAUUGAUUUCAAGGAGGGAAAAAGCUAUACGAAUGAUGAGCAAACCUGGUCGCCGUUGCGCAAAAUGCGGUGAAGUUGGCCAUCAUGAUUCACGUAAUUGCAAAAACGCAGAAGGGAAAAAUAAAAUUACGGAAUGA